GUGAUCAUAUUAUCAAAAUGAGGGAAAGGAAUUUUGGAGGGAAGGGACACCUGGUAAAGAGAUUAAUAGGAUAAUCCCAUAAAGUAGGGUAUUUAAUUACCCUGUCUGAGGCAUUAUAAAAAGGAGUCAAAAGGAAAUGGUGCAAACGCGUGACCGUGAGCAGAGAGCUGGGACUGUAGAGUAUCACAGAGCUUACCAUCUCUGCACAGGUGUUAGAGAACAAACACUAUGACACAGCAUACAUUGACGAUAUCAAAAUCCUAAGAUUAAAAACGACUGGUUUCUCCUGUUGUUGGGGUUCUAGGGAGGCAGAGUAAUAACUUGAGUUUAUGUUUCAUAUACUCGGUAAGAGUCAUGUUAUUUUCUUGACUUAUAUAGCCCCUUUCCCUUGUUUAGCUUUUACAUUAGAGAAAGAGAAUGAAGACUCAAACCCUUUUUGAUUGGCUUUUAUUUUAAUUGAAGCGAUCAAGAUCUGAAGUCUAGGUUGCCACUUACUGGAUGGUGGUGAUCAGUUUUCCUAAUGUACAGGGGCCUCUUGUAUACAAGUCAUUGGAGUUGUGUGCAAAUGGGCACCUUACUGGGAUGCUAACCCUCAACUUGCUGAAUCAGAAAGCUGGGAACUCGGGAACUGCAGGGAUGGCCCGCACUAUGGAACCACUGGCAAAGAAGAUCUUUAAAGGAGUUUUAGUGGUUGAACUUGUGGGCGUUUUUGGAGCAUAUUUUUUGUUUAAUAAGAUGAACACAAGUCAAGAUUUCAGGCAAACAAUGAGCAAAAAAUUCCCCUUCAUCUUGGAAGUUUAUUACAAAUCCAUUGAACAGUCUGGAAUGUAUGGAGUCAGAGAGCAAGAUCAAGAAAAAUGGCUGAAUAGCAAAAAUUAAGAGCAAACUGAAUCUGGGGAGAUGAAAUAAUUUGACUAAGAGUCCCAUGACAAGUUUGAAGAAAUGGAUCUGGCCCAUUUCUUGAUCUCCAAGGUCCGUCAGACACAGUUUCUUCUAUCUCAGCUUUUUUUACUGUAUCUGUUUCUUUAUCUGCAUCAGUGAAUUGUUCUGUGUCUUCAUCAUCUCCUAUGUCAAUAAAAUUCUCUUCAUCAGACUCCUAAAACAAUGUUUUAAUAAAUCUACAUUAAUCAGC